CAGCCCGAAGGCAGGGAGCGCAGGAGCCGGGGAGGCGAGCCCUAAGCCAGAGCCCAGCCGGGAGGCCACUGGACCGCUGCCCUGGCCGCCAUGGAUCUGCACCUCUUCGACUACUCGGAGCCCGGGAACUUCUCCGACAUCAGCUGGCCGUGUAACAGCAGCGACUGCAUCGUGGUCGACACGGUGACGUGCCCCAACAUGGCCAACAAGAGCGUGCUGCUCUACACACUGUCCUUCGUCUACAUCUUCAUCUUUGUGAUCGGCAUGAUCGCCAACUCCGUGGUGGUCUGGGUGAACAUCCAGGCCAAGACCACGGGCUACGACACCCACUGCUACAUCUUGAACCUGGCCAUCGCCGACCUGUGGGUGGUGGUCACCAUCCCGGUCUGGGUGGUCAGCCUGGUGCAGCAUAACCAGUGGCCCAUGGGCGAGCUCACCUGCAAGAUCACACACCUCAUCUUCUCCAUCAACCUCUUUGGCAGCAUCUUCUUCCUCACGUGCAUGAGCGUGGACCGCUACCUGUCCAUCACGUACUUCACCAACACCUCGAGCCACCGGAAGAAGGUGGUCCGCCGUGUCGUCUGCGUCCUGGUGUGGCUGCUGGCCUUCUGCGUGUCCCUGCCCGACACCUACUACCUGAAGACCGUCACGUCCGCGUCCAACAACGAGACCUACUGCCGGUCCUUCUACCCCGAGCACAGCGUCAGGGAGUGGCUGGUCAGCAUGGAGCUGGUGUCUGUGGUCUUGGGCUUCGUCAUUCCUUUCUGCGUCAUCGCCGUCUUCUACUUCCUGCUGGCCCGCGCCCUCUCGGCCUCCGGCGACCAGGAGAAGCACAGCAGCCGGAAGAUCAUCUUCUCCUACGUGGUGGUCUUCCUCGUGUGCUGGCUGCCCUACCACGUGGUGGUGCUGCUGGACGUCUGCUCCGUCCUGCACUACGUGACGUUCUCCUGCGAGCUGGAGAACUUCCUGUUCACGGCCCUGCACGUCACGCAGUGCCUGUCCCUGGUGCACUGCUGCGUCAACCCCGUCCUCUACAGCUUCAUCAGCCGCAACUACCGGUACGAGCUGAUGAAGGCCUUCAUCUUCAAGUACUCGGCCAAAACGGGCCUCACCAAGCUCAUCGACGCCUCCCGGCUGUCGGAAACGGAGUACUCCGCGCUGGAGCAAGGCGCCAAGUGAGGCCGAGCGCCGGGACGCGUGUGCUUGCUUGCGGGGGGCUCCCGGCUGCCUGGUUUCCACGGGCUUCGGGGCUCGAGGGGAAGGCGCGCCACCGUGCCCCCAUGCCGGCGUGGCUGCCACGUGGCUGUGGCCCUGACGGUGGGCCACCACGCAGGACUGUGCCACCGGCCGGUGCCGCCAGACCAGACCGGCGGCCGGAGGGGCCUGCCCGCACUUGUGUACAAUAGGACUCCCCGUGUUUCCCCUCCAGGUUCUAUGGUGACUUGUAUUUAAACGCUAAGACUUUAUUUUUCUCACUCUGUGUACCUUCUACAUGUAUUUGGAAAAGUUAAAGCUAUUUUUGAUGCUGUAUGGUCAGUGUGAUGCUGACAUGUAUUCCGUGCUGUUGUUUUACGGUUCGCCUGACGUUGGCUUUGACUGAGGACGACACCGAUUCUUAGCUGAUGGGAAAUUAUCUAUCAUCUGUCUAUCUAUCUAUGCCAGGCUGGGCGGAAUGUUUCAUUUACCAGCUUUCUAUCUGCGUGGCCCGUUGCACCGGCACGGGGUAUGCGACCAGACCUGCCCUGUCGCGCGGUUUCUGUAAACUUGCAUCGGAACGACAGACAGACAGACGGCGCACCCCUGCCCCAGGCCGCAGCGCUGGGCAGGAGACCGGCAGCGGCGGUCAGAGUUCUCUCCAUCUGUCAGUUAUUUUUUUAAAAUAAAGAUCGUGU